AUGUCGAAUCAACCCUUCUUUUGCUUAUUAUAUGUUUUAUAUUUGUCGACGCUAAUAUUAUCUCAAACUUUACCAAGCAUAAAAACUCCGACAAUAUCAUUUCCGAAUCCUAAAAAUCAAUCUACAAUCACUAUAAACGCAUCAGAUCCAAAUUCUUUACUAAAUCCUAGGAUUUAUUUUAAUUUGAUCCAAUAUAAAACGUAUCCGAAUACUAAUUGUCAAUAUGUUUCAACUCCUCAGCCAGAAGAUAAUAUUAAUGUUAAUAGUCUAUUAAUUCAUUGGGAAUGUCCAGCUGGAUAUUUUUGCUUUGAACCUAUCAUUGAUAACAAUUCCAUGACCUUUAAUGUUAGUACGAUGGUUAAAUGCUCACCCGGUUUUUUUUGCCCAGAGAAUUCUGCACAACCGGUGUAUUGUUGUAAAGGUUAUUAUUGUUCUAUAGAUGCCAAAACCAUAACACUGUGCCCAGAAGAAAGUGAGAAAUAUAAUAGAUUAUUAUCAGAUCAAAGUAUGAAAUUAAAAAGAACUUUAGGUCCUGUAAAAAAAACUUUUGACAUCGAAUUUGAGAAUUUGGGGUUAGUGCUGCCAUCUGGAAUUGAAAUUAUAAAGGGUGUUUCAGGAAAACUUAUUCAUGGAAGAACAUGCGCGAUCAUGGGACCAUCUGGUGUGGGUAAAACCACAUUCGUGUCACUUUUGACUGGUAAGGUAAAGCGAACAAGCGGCAAAGUAAAAGUAAAUGGCAUAAUUGAACCACUGGAAAAAUACAGAAAACUUAUUGGUUUCGUACCUCAAGAGGACGUGAUGCUUCGUGAAUUAACUGUGCGGGACAUAUUAGUUCAUUCAGCAUUAAUGAGGUUACCAAGUCAUAUGAAUAGAGCAUUAAAGAAGCAAAAAGUCUUUGAGGUAAUUAAAUUUUUAGAGUUGAAACAACGUGGUAUUUCUGGUGGUCAACGUAAAUGUGUAAACAUUGGAAUGGAAUUGGUUGCUGAGCCAUCUAUGCUUUUUUUGCCAACUUCAGGUCUGGAUUCUGCUAUAGCACUUGAUGUGUGCAAUUUGUUAAAAGAGAUUGCACAUAGUCAAGGAUUGACUGUGGCCACAAUUAUUCAUUCUCCAUCUCAACAAGCCUUUAAUACAUUUGAUGAUGUUUUAUUAUUGGGCAAAGGUGGAAGGAUUAUAUAUUUUGGUCCGACAAAUAAUGUAAUAAAAUACUUUGAGAGUCUUGGUUUCGAUUAUCCAGAAGAAGAAAGUCUAGCGGAUUUUAUAAUGAAAGUGGCUUCUGGAAAAGUCAAACCUGUUGAUCAAGAAGACAUUACUGUUCACGAUUUAUUUGAAGCGUGGGAAAGAAAUUAUAAAUCAGGAAGA